ACAGUAGUGGUAAAAAAGAAUCACGUGUCUCAUGGCACUCUAGUUGCUUUCAAAUGCAGAACAUUUUUUUGUUAGAGCACCUCCAAUCCACAUAGUAUUAAUCACCAAUAAUAAAGUACUAUAUAAUCAUAUCUGGAUAUAUAUAACAUCCACAUGGUAUGACAACUCGCUCUAUAGUAUAUCGAUCACGUACUAAAGUAGCCAACCACAUUACAUUAUUAAAUAAUAACAAAACUAGGUAUUGUUAGCUCAAGUAGAAAGGAUUUUUGUUAUUGUGAGUUGUGACAGUGUUAGAGGUCUCCGGCUGGAAUGAUUGAUGAAAAAAACUAAUAUUACAUGCGGUAGUUUUGGGUUUAGAGAAAAAUGUAAAAAAAAAAGAAAAAAUCCUUCAACUUCUUCACAGGAGUAUUUUUACAUAAUCAAAUUAGUUAUGACGGUAAACUAAACCAAUUAACCGGUUUAUAUAAAACCAAAAAAAAGUUGAAAAGAAUGUUGAAUGAUUCAAACUUGAUACGGAAAACAUGCUAACAAGAGAACGUAUCUUAUCUUUGUGAGAUCGUAACUAUGUUGAUCGGAGAACGGGGUAAAAAGCUGCAGAGAGAACAUGGCCAGGAAAGAGGUGGUGGUGGCGGUCACUGCUGCGACGGUUUCUGCGGUUGCAGCGGCUGUGAUAAUUGGUCAAUGGGUGCGGAGGAAGGAGCAGCGGCGGAAACAAACACAGAUGAUUUUAAGAAAAUUCGCUAGAGAAUGCGCCACGCCGGUUUCGAAGCUAUGGGCGGUGGCAGACGCCUUGGUAGCCGACAUGACCGCCUCUCUCUCUGCCACCACAGCCGCCGGGAGUUGCGGCUCCCUCAACAUGCUCGUUUCAUUCGCCGGUGCUCUCCCUUCAGGGGAUGAGAAGGGACUACAUUAUGGAGUUAACUUGCGAGGCAAGGAACUUCUACUGUUACGUGGAGCUUUAGGAGGUAACGAAGAACCUAUUUCCAAUGUACAUAAACAGGAGAUUUCAAUCCCUGCGGACGUUUUAAACGGCUCUUUCAAGGAGCUGUGCGAUUACAUAUCCUUGGAGCUAGUUAAAUUCAUUGGGAUGAAUCCUGGGGAAGAAGCAGAUGAAGUUAAGAAUCUAGGGUUUACGUUAACACGCUAUGUCGAACAGAUUGGGCCUAGUUCAAUCUCGGCGAUACAGAGGAAGGGCUUAGCAAAUGAUGACGAUGACACGGUUUUGAAGGAGUUUGUGAAUGAUAUGAAUGAAUCACUGGAGAGUCACGGACUGAAGAUUCGGAUGAACAUGGCGCUGGUGGAUGACACAAUUGGAGUGUUGGCUGGAGGAAGGUAUUAUCAUAAGGACACUGUGGCUGCAGUCACUUUAGGUAUGGGAACUAACGCUGCUUACAUCGAACAAGCUCAAGAGGUUCUCAGAUGGAAACCCACGAAACCCAACGACCCACAAGAGAUUGUUAUUAGCACGGAGUGGGGAGAUUUUAGAUCAUCUCAUCUUCCUGUAACUGAAUAUGAUGCUGCUCUUGACGCAGAAAGCUUGAAUCCUAGAAGCUGCGUAUUUGAGAAGAUGGUGGCUGGAGGAUACUUAGGGGAGAUAGUGAGAAGAGUGUUGCUAAAAAUGUCACAAGAAACUGCUUUAUUUGGAGAUAUACUACCUCCAAAACUGACAACCCCUUACACUUUAAGUUCGCCAGAUAUGGCCGCGAUGCAUCAAGAUAUAUCAGAAGAUCGAGAUAUUGUAAACAAAAAGCUCAAGGACGUUUUCGGGGUCAUGUAUUCAACUCUUGCGGCUAGAGAAGUGGUGAUUGAAGUGUGCGAGUUAGUGGCCGAAAGAGCUGCGCGUGUGGCAGGAGCAGGAAUAGUUGGGAUGGUAAAGAAGCUGGGAAGGUUAGAGAAAAAGAUGAGCAUUGUGAUAGUUGAAGGAGGGUUGUAUGAUCAUUACAGGGUCUUUAGAAACUAUCUUCAUAGCAGUGUUUGGGAAAUGCUCGGCGAUGAGUUAUCGGACCAUGUCGUCAUUGAGCAUUCUCACGGUGGAUCUGGUGCCGGAGCCCUUUUCUUUGCUGCUUGCGGCAACGUUAAAACCUAAGAGCUGAAACAAGAAGAUAACCAGAGCGAAUAUAAUUUUUGUUUUUGUUUCGUUUCCCAAAACUAUUAUUCUACUUUGACGUUGUCUUGUAAAAUACUUUUUCCAACAUCUGUUACAUUUACUUGUUAGAGAAACUAAAUAAAAAAUAGUCCUCGUGUAAGAGAGACUCUUGUUACGGAGCGUGGUAAGUGUUAUACACUACAAGCGGCUGAAACCAUUAAAAAAAAAGACUCUACUACCGAUGUACCACUAAAAACAAGAUAUGAAAGCUCAUUAUUGACAGAGGAUCACGCACUAGUGUUGGUAGCAUUUAUAUGGUUAUAAACAUAUGGUCUAGAAGAGACUAAUAAGCAUCUGCAUCCAUAUAAACUAAAAUGAUUAGAUGUAUUUAUAUUGGUCAAGGUAAGACGUAUGAAUCCUAGGGUUUCUGAUAAAAUAGUUCAUAAAUGUUGUAUCUAACGUCCACAAGUUAAAGUGAACAAUUUAAGCAGAUAUGGGUUUUGAGUUUUAUGGACUUGUAAUAUAUAUACAAUUUAUCAACUGCUAUGGAUUUUGUUGAAAUGAUUAAUUACAGUUACAAUAUAUUGAAAAUUAUUCUUCCACUCAAGACAAAAACCAGUUCGGUCGAGACUCAGUACAGACAGACUGAACUCGGCGGUAGAUGAGUUCAAAUGCAUUUAUUAUUGAUUGGAAAAGGAGUUGGUUGCUUGGUUUAUAAAGUGAUAACAAACGGAAAAGUUAACCGGUGAUCGUCCAAGCUAGCCGAAAAAGUACAAGUCGGAAAGAAAUACAACGAGUAAGACCUUAAUUUAUAGCCAACAAGUGUGAGUGUAAAAGUAUGGAUCCCUUUUCAUGUUAGUCUUCUCCUCUUUAUAUAGAUAAACCCCUUUCUUUUGUUUGCCAUUAGGUAAAGAUAACCUAAUGGGCUGAGUUCCGUCUCUCGGACUGAGCAGCUGAGCCGGAUAAUCGGGCUCUCUGGCCUAACUAUCAUAAAAAGCUUGUGGAGCUGGAAAAAAACAGUAACAUUGAGUCUGAACCUGUCAAGCUAAGCUGAUCCAAACCGACUUGAUGGGCCGAAACUUUCAUUUAAUGGACUUUUCGGAGGAAUGUAAUCCAUCUUCUACACAACAGACGGAAAUAAAUAUUUCUCUGCUGACGGCAAGUCGGCAAGACAUGUGAGUAUACCACCGCCCCGGUGAUGCACUUCCGUCGUCAUAAUAUGCAAAUGCAAACAAUGAAGGCAUGAAA